CGGCGAGGAGGCGGGACACGUCGGCGCUGCCACCGCCGCCGCCGCUCCUCCUCCUGUUCCAGCUACCGCCGCCGCGGCCGCCGCUUCCUGGGCUGAGUCCUCCCGCGGUCCCGGCGGCACCAGGUGCUUUCACCCUGCCGGGCUCCUGUCCGCGACCGCCGCCGCCGCAGCUGUCUCGGUUCCCCCACCCGCUGCCGAGAUGGCGACGCGCUCUUGCCGGGAGAAAGCUCAGAAGCUGAACGAGCAGCACCAGCUCAUCUUGUCCAAGCUGUUGAGGGAGGAGGACAACAAGUACUGCGCCGACUGCGAGGCCAAAGGUCCCCGAUGGGCUUCCUGGAAUAUUGGUGUGUUUAUUUGCAUCAGAUGUGCUGGAAUCCAUAGAAAUCUUGGGGUUCAUAUAUCCAGGGUCAAGUCAGUCAACCUAGACCAAUGGACACCAGAACAGAUACAGUGCAUGCAAGAUAUGGGAAAUACUAAAGCAAGACUACUCUAUGAAGCCAAUCUUCCAGAGAACUUUCGAAGACCACAAACAGAUCAAGCAGUGGAAUUUUUCAUCAGAGAUAAAUAUGAAAAGAAGAAAUACUAUGAUAAAAAUGCUAUAGCAAUUACAAAUAUUUCCUCCUCUGAUGCUCCUCUUCAGCCUUUGGUAUCCUCUCCUCUACAGGCUGCUGUUGAGAAAAACAAAUUGGAGAAAGAAAAGGAAAAAAAAAAGGAAGAGAAGAAAAGAGAAAAGGAGCCAGAAAAGCCUGCAAAACCUCUUACAACUGAAAAGCUGCAGAAAAAAGAAGAUCAACAACACUUGGAGCCUAAAAAAAGUACCAGCCCUAAAAAAGCUUCAGAGCCCACUGUCGAUCUUUUAGGACUAGAUGGUCCUGCUGAGGCACCAGUGACUAACGGCAGUACAGCCACAGUACCAGCCUUGAAUGAUGAUUUGGACAUCUUUGGACCAAUGAUUUCUAAUCCCUUACCUUCAACUGUCAUGCCUCCUGCUCAGGGGACAGCCUCUGUACCAGCAGCUGCCACUCUGUCUACAGUAACAUCUGGGGAUCUGGAUCUAUUCACUGAGCCAACUACAAAGUCAGAAGAGGUGGCAAAGAAACAACUCUCCAAAGAUUCCAUCUUAUCUCUGUAUGGUACAGGAACCAUGCAGCAGCAGCAGAGUACUCCUGGUGUGUUUAUGGGACCCACAAAUAUGCCAUUUACCUCACAAGCGCCAACUGCAUUUCAAGGAUUUCCAUCAAUGGGUGUACCUGUGCCUGCAGCACCUGGCCUUAUAGGAAAUGUGAUGGGACAGAGUGCAAACAUGAUGGUGGGCAUGCCCAUGCCCAAUGGGUAUAUGGGAAAUGCACAAACUGGUGUGAUGCCACUUCCUCAAAAUGUUGUUGGCCCUCAAGGAGGAAUGGUGGCACAGAUGGGUGCAUCCCAGAGUAAGUUUGGCCUGCCACAAGCUCAGCAACAUCAGUGGGGCCUCUCUCAGAUGAAUCAGCAAAUGGCUGGCAUGAGUAUCAGUAGUGCGAAUCCUACAGUGGGAUUUGGCCAGCCCCCCAACACCACAGCAGGAUGGUCUGGAAGCGCAUCGGGUCAGACUCUCAGCACACAACUGUGGAAAUGAAAACUGUAAUACAAGUUUCAUCCAGAACUACCACCUGACAUUCCUUGCUAAAACGCAUCUAGUUCCCGUUUAUUCAUGUACAUAUAUUUUUUUCUUUUUCCCCAUUUGUUCAUAUUAAGAAUUAUCUGAUUGACCGUGUUGGUCUGUACUGAUUAAAUUUGAUGUGGUGAAAAGCAGGUUGAGAAACCAUUUUAUGUCAAGGGCAGCUUUGCUUGUGCAUAUUUCCCAUGAUUUCAUUGAGAAGCUGCUCAACUUGCAUAAUCAGUUUUACUGAAUAAAAUUAUAGCUCUAAUGUUUGCAUAUAUAAGGGAAGUAGUUAUCAUGUUAGUAAUACCUCUAACAGUGUAAAAACCCCUCCCCCAAAUUAGCCAGUAAUCCUUUAGGAAGGUACUGUAUGAUCAAAUGUUUUAAUCAUAUAAAAUAGAAUGUAAAUGUAUCACUGAGCACUGUUUUCUAGUGUAUCAAACUUUUUCUUUCAUCAUUCACUUUAUUGUGCUGUUGUUACGAUGUGCUUAACAGGGAACGUGGCUAGUGAAAGGAAGAUAAACCUGGAUGUUACUAUAAAACUUAGAAAAUGUUUAAGGAAUGCAAAUUUUAUCUGCCUCUCAAUGUAAUUUGGAUCUUACUAUGUACAUAGUGCUAACAUGAAGACCUUUCUCUGCACUAUAUGCAAACAGGGUAACUAAACAAAGCCACUUUCAAUUCUUAAAGGUAUAUCCGGGUUUAUGACAGUGAUUGUGUUUACAUUUUAUGGUGCCUAGUAUUGACAAAAUGUUAAAUCCCUAUAUUAAACAGAUGAAUCCAUAGAUUUUUUUGUGGGCUUUAUUUCCUACAAUGUAUAAUGCCACCAACUUUCCAAAAAGUAAUGACAAAAUAACAGUUAUCUGUUUCUAAAACCUGUUCAUUUCUAGCAACUAUAAGGCCAAAUGGGGAAAAAAAAAGUAUUUUAGAUACCCAAAAUGGUAUCUUCAAAUGUCAUUUAACCAUACUGUACAGAGAUCUUCCAGUUUAGUUGUAGGGUAAAUGUGUAAAACAAAUGAAGACAAAACUUUUUAUACCAACCUAUUAGCUUAUCUUAACAACAAGCUCUGGUUAAACAGGUGUCCAUCAGAUGACAAUAAAGGCUGUUGUACUGAAGUAAAAUGAACAAUACCUGAAUGCUCGGCAGCCUACCCUCCACGCAUCCGUCGGCCAACCAUUUGCUGCUUUAACUUACACCUCAAUUUUCACUGUGUCCAGGUGGUACUUUGGCUCAUUGGCUAGGUUAACCUUCUCUGUUCGUGUGUGCCACACAAGAACCUAAAAGGGAGGGAGAUCUUUUGGGUAGCCACACUUACUGCUGUCAC